ACGAUGAAAAAGGUGGGAUGCUGUUACACUAAACUACUUAGAGGAAACUGGGCAGAUACAGUGACUGUGUGUUUUACAGGAAGAGCGAAUAGGGGCAUCUGUUCCUGAUCAUGUACUGUGGAGAAAUUCGAAGUUUCAGGUUCUGCAAUUCAUCGCUGCACCUUUGUGAACAUCUCGAAUACAAGUCCUUAUACAGUUCUUACUCGUAGAAGCACAAUGGAAAGAGCGUUGUAUAUCUGCGUUGGAAUCGUAGUUUACUUCAUGCCGUGUAUUGAGACGAUACCUUGGAUGAAGAAGCAAUGCAUAAAGACUGCGGAUGGUUCUGACUGCAGUGGUUUGGCCCUGCAGCUCGUACCGGACGAGAUCCCAGACUCCAUCAAAACUCUUGACUUCAGUUUCAACUACCUCCCAACGCUAUACAACUCAACUUUCCAACGACUGAGGAGUCUGGUUUCGCUGGAUUUAACAAGGUGCAGCAUUAAUUUCAUGUACGAAGACGUCUUUCAACAUCAGCCCGAUCUGGAGAGUCUCAUUUUGGUAGCAAACCCACUGAACUUCAUAUCAGACAGAGCUUUCUCAGGACCGCUGGCUCUAAAACACCUCAGUCUAGCUGGGUCGACGGUACGCAGUCUCACGGACGUCCCGACAGCCCAUCUUGAAUUCUUGGAGACUCUGGAUCUUCGAGGAAGCGACAUUCACAACUUAGACGGUCUGGAAAAUGUCCUGCUGCAACAGAUGAAGAGGCUUUUUCUAGGUAUGAAUUCGAUUGAGAAGAUAAAAACGGCGGACAUGGAGAAACUUCAGGGAACAAGCGGCCUGGAGAUCAGCUUUAAGGGAAAUGAUCUCGUUGAUGUCGAACCGAACGCUUUUCGGAACUUAGACAUGGGCAGCUUGGAUUUUAGUGGCUGCUUCAACAAAAUGGACAUUUCCGUACUGCUGAAGGGGCUAGAGGGAGUGAAAACGAACAAGCUUUACUUAGGGAUAUAUGAGGACAGCGCUAAGAACUACAUCACGCUGACCGCCCUUCAGUCUUUCUGUAACAUAUCAGUGAGUGAUGUAGAUUUUCAGCUGCAACAUUUCCGUGAUCUCUCAAACACGGGCUUUAGAUGUUUCGCACACAUUCAGAAGUUAGAUUUCACCAGGGCACACCUUUCAGCAUUUCCAUUAAGCUUGUCCAACCUGUCCAUGCUGUCGCACUUGGUACUGAAUGACAAUUCUUUUCACAGCGUGUGCGAUGUUAAUGCGGCAAACUUCCCCAAGUUGACGUAUUUGUCAGUGAGUAGAAACGGUAAAUAUCUUCACUUCAAAGAAAACUGUUUGGAACCGCUGUCCUAUCUGGAGGAGCUACAACUUAGCCAUAGUAGCUUGAUGACUGGAGAUUUUUGUUGUAACAAACAACUGACUGGUCUCCGAGAACUAAAAUCCCUCAAUCUCAGCUAUAAUUUCCUCAUGAACUGGGAGCCACUGCCAUUUAACGCCACUCCGAAGCUGAAGCAUCUCGACCUCACCCAGACCAAGUACGUCCUCAACAGCAGCUCUCCGUUUAGCAAUCUAGAAAAGCUUCAAACUCUUAAUCUCUCAUUCACAGACUUUAAACUGUUAGAAAAUGCCGAUAUACUGAAAGGUCUGACCAAGCUACGCGUGCUAAACCUCAAAGGGAACACGAUACCGGGUGGCGUGCUUGCAAAAACAAAGAACUUUGACUACAUUCCUCUUUUGGAGAGCUUGGUUCUCUCUUCAUGUGGCAUCAAGGCAAUCAGUGAAAACGUCUUUAAAGACUUUGCUAAUCUCAAUAAUGUAGAUCUCAGCGAAAAUCAGCUGGUUAAACUCCGCCUCGCUGAUUUCUACUCGCUAAACCAGAUCCAGCUCAACUUUGCAGGCAAUAAAAUUACAGUCGUGGAUGUUAAAAUUGUCGAAGACUUAGGGACACGCAGUACUAUUGAUCUGAGCUCCAACCCACUGGCCUGCAAUUGUACUACUUAUCCGUUUAUUAUGUGGGUUAAAGAAAAUUUCAGCAAAAUGAAGCACAUAGAAAGGACAUUUUGCAACGCCACAAAUGAGAAGGUUAUAGACGUAGAUCUGCAGUGCGUCUUUUCAAACCGAGCGUUAGGGAUUGUCCUCGGACUCGCGAUAGCGAUCACGAUUAUAAUCUCUCUGUUGUAUUUUGUGAAGAAAAUUCAGGCACGAUACAGAUCUUACUCAGUAUUGUAG